AUGACGAAAUAUGAACUGAAGAUGCAGUACUUUGAUGAGUGGAUGAUGCGGUGGCGGAAGUUUCAAACGGAGGGCGACUGGGAGAUUGAGAAGAAUCGUCAGUGGUGGCGGCGGUGCAACAUGGCUGUGUCUGCGGGUUUGUUUGGUUCCCUGGUGCUGUACACAGCGGGUGCAGCAACAGUGAAACGUCAGUAUGGACUUCCUCACUUCUACGACAUUGGCGUUGAUGGACAGAUUAAACAGACCGUGUUGCAGUACUUGACAUCGCGGUGGCGCUACACGCCUCAGGGCUAUGGACGUGUGUUGAUCACCAGUAUCCCAACGUAUAUCUCAUUUGUGACGUUGGAGCACUACCAGGAGAAACGUCGCAUGCAGCAGUAUAUUGAGCAGAAUACGGUGUUUGGUGAACAGAUGCGGCGUUUUCUCAACACCGGUAAGAUCGAAGAGUUCCUUGCGGUGAACAUAAAGGGCUCGUUGCCGAAGUCUCAGCAGUCUAUCUAUGCCUACUAG